AUGGAUUGUAUUCGUUUCUGGACUGUCAUUUUUGGAUGUGGUUUCAUUUUAUUUGUAAUGAAAUAUCAUAUAAUUAUAGUUGUCCUUGUUCCUUAUAUUGAAAUAUUAGAUUGAAUUUUAUAGAUAUCCUGUUAAGAAUUAAACUAAUUCAGAAACUACAGCUUUAGUAUCAGCAUGUGUAUAUUUGGCUCUGACGAUUGGUUUUAUAAUUUGGGGAAAGAGAAAGGCUGAGAAACAUAAAUUAGAGAUUUAAUAGUAAUAUAGCAAUUUGCCAGCUAAUUAAUUUGAAGCAGCUCCUGAGAUUGAGAAUGAAAAAAAGAUGGAAUCAUGA